AUGGCCUUAUCAAGCGGUUCUAACAUUCCCACAGCGGCCCCAAGAAAAUCAGUACGUAUUGUGGGUGGUGAAAACACCAAUAUUGAAAGAUAUCCUUUCAUGUCUGGUAUCUUAGAAUAUUUCAACUGGGGUACGAGCCAGAUGUGUGGUGGAACUCUUAUAACCAACAGAGCUGUAGUUUCAGCUGCUCACUGUUUUGAAGAUCUUACUCCAUCCAAGCUGAGAGUGCGAUUGGGAUCAACUUAUGCUUCGUCUGGCGGACAAGUCCAAGAGGUUUCUAGAAUUAUCAUGCAUGCACAAUAUAACAAAUUCUUACUUAUAAAUGACGUCGCAGUAAUUAGACUUCAAAACGCUGUUACAUUAUCUAAUGAAAUUCAAAUUGCUCGAAUUGCUGGACCACAGUACAUCUUACCAGACAAUACACCUCUCAAUGUAAUUGGUUGGGGGACUACCAGUUUCCAUGGAUAUCCUUCUGAGAUACUUCAGCAAGCUUCUGUUAACAUCAUCAACCAAAGUAUUUGUGCCGAACGCUACGAAGAUUUCCAAUCUUUACCCAUAAUCUGGCCAAGAGUAACUCCUGAGAUGAUGUGUACUGGUAUUCUGGAUGUCGGUGGCAAGGACGCCUGCCAGGGCGACUCCGGCGGACCUGUUGUUCAUGGUGGAAACGUUCUAGUAGGAAUUACUUCCUGGGGAUACGAAUGCGCUCACCCUGUUUAUCCAGCGGCACCAAGGAAGCCAGAACGUAUUGUUGGUGGUGAAAAUACUAGUAUUGAAAGAUAUCCUUUCAUGUCUGGUAUCUUAGAAAGUUCUUUCUGGGGAACGGAACAGAUGUGUGGUGGAACUCUUAUAACUAACAGAGCUGUAGUCUCAGCAGCUCACUGCUUUGCAGGCUUUAGGCCAUCCGAGUUGAGAGUGCGAUUGGGAUCAACCUAUGCUUCGUCUGGCGGACAAGUCCACGUACUUUCUAGAAUUAUUAUGCAUCCACAAUAUAAUUUCCGUUUAGUUUUAAAUGACGUUGCAGUAACCAGACUUCAAAACGCUGCAACAUUAUCAAAUCAAAUUCAAAUUGCACGAAUUGCUGGACCGCAGUACAUCUUACCAGACAAUACGCCUCUCAAUGUAAUUGGUUGGGGGACUACCAGUUUUAAUGGAAAGCCUUCCGAAAUACUUCAGCACGCUUCUGUUAACAUCAUCAACCAAAGUCUUUGUGCUGAACGCUACUCAUAUUUCCAAUCUUUACCUGGAUCCUGGCCAAGAGUAACUCCUGAGAUGAUGUGUACUGGUAUUCUGGAUGUCGGUGGCAAGGACGCCUGCCAGGGCGACUCCGGCGGACCUGUUAUUCAUGGUGGAGAUGUUCUAGUAGGAAUUACUUCCUGGGGAUACCAGUGCGCUCAUCCAACUUAUCCGGGUGUUAAUGUACUCGUUUCAUCUUAUGCAGAUUGGAUCGCGACUAAUGCAGUUAAUUAA